ACUCGAAAAAAAAAAAAAAAAAAAAAAAAAACGGAUAUCAAAAAUGGAAGGGCAGGGAUUUCGAUAUGUUUGCAAGUUGGACUCGAUGAAGCAACAAAGGUGGUACAGGAACAGAGGCAACGACACGCUGAGGAUUCGCUGUGGAGGGAGUUGAGGGAAAAGAUGAGGAAAAGGUAAAAUCUGUGGGGAGCCGCCGCUUUGCGAGUCUAUCCAGAAACGCCAAGAAUGGAUGGUUCUAUUCUGCUGGUGCUGAUGCUCACUUACCUGUGCCAGUGGACGCCAUGAUAACUGAUGUUGAAGAGAGAUUUUGCAGUGACCUUGUCGGACAGUCUUUUGGAUUCAGGAUACUGAGUAUUUUGAGUUGGCUACAACGCUCCCUUUCUUUCUUGCCCCCCCGCCGGCAAUUCCUUGGGGAUUCUCGUCGGCAAUGCCACCCCCAACCAUGCAAACAAUGCAAACACCCCAACUCACCGGACACCCAAAGGCGCCAUCGGUCACAUUUUGGUCGAAUUAGACCUCUAGAGAUAGGCAGAUCAGCAGCUAGGGGAGAUGCAUAUACUACAUUGCUAACCAAUUUGCACCCGAUAAGGGUGCAUCCAGGGGGACUACCAUACGAGUUGGUGGUGGCCUUCCCUUCGGCCGUGCAGGCACCCGCCUCCCUUGUUGAGACGCUCGGCAAUACCCGGCGUCACGUGUGGAUGGGGUGUCCGUUUUUUGCCGUUGAACCCCCAACAGUCGAGACUGGGUCGACAAUGCUGUCUCCGAGGACAAACUGGUUAGUAGUGAUCACAUUGGAGUGAUCAAGGCACCUAGCGGAUAUGAUGGGAUUCUGUGUGGCUGUUAUGGUCACUCGGAGGGUGUCUACAGUAGUCUGUAAUGUCGCAGGGAGGUUCGUAGGCCGCCAUUCCUUAUGCACCAGCUGCGUCGAUGCGCAAGCACGGUAGGAUACCAUCCUUGAUGUACCACUGAGACAUGC